UUCCGGUCCUCCGGCCGCUGACGUUGUCUUCCGGUCGUGCGUGUCCCCGAAAGGCCGUUAGGGAUGAGCACGAUGCGGCUGCUGGCGUGCGCGGUGCUGGUCCUGCUCGCCGCCGCGCGGGCCGAGGAGGGCGCCCGGCUCCUGGCGUCCAAGUCGCUGCUGAACAGAUACGCCGUGGAGGGCCGAGACCUGACCCUGCAGUACAACAUCUACAACGUGGGCUCCAGUGCCGCAUUGGACGUGGAGCUGUCUGACGACUCCUUUCCUCCGGAAGACUUUGGCAUUGUCUCUGGGAUGCUCAAUGUCAAAUGGGAUCGUAUUGCCCCGGCCAGCAAUGUCUCCCACACGGUCGUCCUGCGCCCUCUGAAGGCUGGCCACUUCAACUUCACAUCAGCAGCGAUUACUUACCUGGCCCAGGAGGAUGGGCCUGUUGUGGUUGGUUCCACCAGCGCUCCUGGACAGGGAGGAAUCCUGGCUCAGCGGGAGUUUGACAGGAGAUUCUCCCCUCACUUUUUGGACUGGGCUGCCUUUGGGGUCAUGACCCUGCCCUCGAUUGGCAUCCCCCUGCUCUUGUGGCACUCCAGCAAGAGGAAGUACGACUCUCCCAAGCCCAGGAAGAACUGAGCAGCGGCCACAGCCCUUCCCCCAAGAAACCAGGUGCUUUCCAGACCCCAGAGGAUGUCGCAGAUACUAUCUACCACUUUGCCCUUGGCCCAUGGCCACUUGGUCCUGCAUCCUGCCCUGCUCUUGGCUGGAGUUGGGGUGCAAGCCUGGGAGAGCCUCCCGGGCUCCUCAUGACGCCAUACAGAUGGGAACGCCUCCAGCCUCGACCUUGGGGCCAGAGUGCCCCAGCAAGGUGCUGUUGGUGUGUGCUGCUGGCAAGAUGAACUCCUGGGGCUCCAGCAGGGGCCCUUUGGAACACUGCCUGAUGCCAACUCCAACCCGUGACCUCUCCUUCUCUGAAGAGGGUGGAAGAUUAAGUGAAAGCUGUGGGACUCUUGGAGGCUAUACAGGCUCUGCCCUGGGUUACUAAAUGGGUUUUAUAAUAAAAACAAAUGCCAUGCUUACGGA